AUGAAUGACCCAAAAAUUGUCCUGGUCACGGGUUGCGGCAAAGGCGGGAUCGGGUUCGAGUACUGCAAGGCAUUCGCCGAGCACAAUUGCCACGUCAUCGCCACAGACAUUCCUAGUCGUGUCGAUGACAUGGCAGAACUCAAGGAAUCGUUGGACGACAAGAUCGAGACCUUCGGUCUCGAUGUCUCUUCCGACGAGAGCGUACAUUCAACGAUCACAGAUGUCAUCGCCAAGCACGGUCGCAUCGACAUACUAAUCAACAAUGCCGGGAUCGGCAGCACGGGUCCUCUAGCCGAGCUGCCGCUAGACGUGAUCAGAAAGGCAUGGGAGAUCAACUCACUGGGGCAGCUGAGGAUGGUGCAGAGCGUGGUCCCACACAUGGCGUCGCGUCGCCAAGGGACCAUUGUCAACAUCGGGAGCGUGGUGGGCAAAGCGGCGACGCCAUGGGCAGGGUCUUACUGCGCUAGCAAGGCUUAUGUCCAUGCCAUGUCGCAUAGUUUGAGGGUGGAAUUGAGGCCGUUUGGGAUCAAUGUUGUGCUGGUGAUGCCUGGUUCCAUAAAAUCCAACCUUGGCAGGGCGAACACGGAGAAAUUACAGGGGGUUCAUGAUUGGAAGAUUUACAAGGAUUUCAAGGAGGCGAUUGCCGAGCGAGCCAGGGCUUCUCAAGGGCCGAAGGCGACGGAUGCGGCGGUUUUUGCAAGGGAAGUGGCUAAGAGGGUUUUGAGGGCUAAGCCAUCGAAGUUGGUCACGUUGGGUCACAUGACUGGUCUGUUUGCUCUGCUCUCUGCCUCUCCCUUGUGGGUCAGAGAUCUCUUCUUUUCGAGAAGAUUUGGCCUGAACAAAAAGGUUUGA